AUGGUGUUGAGUGAUAUUUCACAAGUGGCUUUUAGAUUAGUCAUGCAGAUGUCCACAGCCAUGGAUACCGAAUCCGGUAUGAUAGUCAAACGGGUGAGCGUUCCUGUUGGUUUAGAGGAAUUGAUGUCGGGCUUAACCAAAGAAGUUUUAUUAAAGAAACCCAAGGAUCUAUAUAUUUUCGCAGCUGAAUACUUUUCUCAGCUGUUAACUAUGAGACAAAAAGGCGGAUAUAAAAGCACACCGUUUCGUACUGCUAGAGCUGCUACUAAACAGAUACCAAAAGAGAAAAUUGAACAAUUUAUGCAAAAUAGUAUAAAACGGAGCGAAGACUCGGCAAAACAAAAUAAUAUACACCCACACGUACAAAAAAUCAAAUAUAACAAGAAAUUUUCCUCACAGAGAAAUGGUGAUGUAUCAGAACAAAAGAAUAUUAAAGUGAGGCCUUCCAGGAAAGAAAAUGUGUUGGAUGUAAAAAAAGAUGCCAAAAAAGUUUCGCCUAGAUCGGGCUCAGAGAAGCAGAAGAAUGAAACAGAUAAAAUAUUAAUAACAAGAAACAGAUCUCUGAGUAAUAAAAGGAGAUCUUCAUCUAAUGAAAAGAGUAAAAUAUCUCCAAGAGAUGAUAAUGAAAAUAAACUACGUAAAACUAACGUUUCUGGAAAAAAAUUGGGCAAGGAAGAUGGUAAAAAUAUUAUUGGCUCGUCGAAAAGUAAAAAGAAAAUAAUAGCUGCUGCCGGAACCGUAGCACCACUCUUGGCUGGCACUACGAUUUUAUCAGAGGAACAAGAUAAGAUUGUAAAUGGAAAGGAAGAUAGUAAAAUUAAUAAUAAUAUGUCAGAAAAAGAACAAAUUGCAAAUAAACAAAUCGUUGAAGAGAAAUCAACCGGAGAAUUGAAAACUGGAACUGGUUCAGUAGAACCGAGUGAGUCUAUUAAAUCCGAAAGUUCAGAAGAUAAGAAAAUAGCUAAAGAACUAAUGAAACUUGUUGGAGAAAAUUCAAUUGAAAAUAAAGUUUCUCUCUCCAGUAGUUUGAUUAGCAAUAAUGAGGAUGAUUCAAAUUCUGAAGCUACUACGAUAACUGAAGAUCUUUUACCAAAAGAAAAUUUGGAAUCCAAACCUGAACAAGACACAAAGUCUAAAUCCUCAGAACAAAUUAAUUCAAUAAUUUCAGAAGAGCAGCCGGAAGAAAAUAAAUCAGAAAUCGUAAAUGGUGAAGAAACAUCAACAAAUGAAAAAUUGGAAAAGAAGACUAGUAAAGAUGAUCAAAUGGAUGCAGAUACAAUAGAAAAUGUCACACUAAAGGAUAAAUUAGAUAAGGAUGAGAAAGAUGAUAUUAGUAAAAAUACUGAAAUUAUAUCUAUACAACCGGAGGAAAAAAUUAAGUCAAUAAUUUCAGAAGAGCAGCCGGAUGAAAAGAAAUCAGAAAUCGUAAAUGGUGAAGAAACAACAACAAAUGAAAAAUUGGAAAAGAUGUCUAGUAAAGAUGAUCAAAUGGAUGCAGAUAUAAUAGAAGAUGUCACACUAAAGGAUAAAUUAGAUAAGGAUAAGAAAGAUGAUAUUAGUAAAAAUACUGAAAUUAAAUCUAUACAACCGGAGGAAAAAAUUAAGUCAAUAAUUUCAGAAGAGCAGCCGGAUGAAAAGAAAUCAGAAAUCGUAAAUGGUGAAGAAACAACAACAAAUGAAAAAUUGGAAAAGAUGUCUAGUAAAGAUGAUCAAAUGGAUGCAGAUAUAAUAGAAGAUGUCACACUAAAGGAUAAAUUAGAUAAGGAUAAGAAAGAUGAUAUUAGUAAAAAUACUGAAAUUAAAUCUAUACAACCGGAGGAAAAAAUUAAGUCAAUAAUUUCAGAAGAGCAGCCGGAUGAAAAGAAAUCAGAACUCGUAAAUGGUGAAGAAACAACAACAAAUGAAAAAUUGGAAAAGAUGUCUAGCAAAGAUGAUCAAAUGGAUGCAGAUAUAAUAGAAGAUGUCACACUAAAGGAUAAAUUAGAUAAGGAUAAGAUAGAUGAUAUUAGUAAAAAUACUGAAAUUAAAUCUAUGCAACCGGAGGAAAAAAUUAAAAUAUCAACACAUCCUGUGGAGGAACAGGAAAAAUCUAUAUUAGCAGAAAAUGCGCCAUCAAAUGCUGAACAAUUAAUUCAUAAUAAUCCAAAUUUGAAAACUGAAAAUGACAAAUUAAUGAACGAUAAUUCAGAUAUUGGUGAUAUUAGUAACUUAAAGCGAGAUGAAAAUAGUAAUGCAACAAUAGAAGAUAUAGCCUUAAAAACAGAUCCUCAAGUGAAAGAGAUUGAAGAAACGAAUAAUAUGGAUAAUAAAAAUAUAUUAAUUAAAGAUCCACCAUCACGAGAUAAACUAGAAGGUGAUCAUGUGGAAACAAACAAUGAUACUAAAAUAAACAAUGAACAACAGAAGACCAAACAUGAGCAAGAAAUAGAAGAGAAGACGACCAUGGAAAAAAAUGCUAACAAUUUAAAGCAAGGAAUAAUAAAUGAAGAUAAAACAGAAAAUAAUAUUUUAGAAUCCAAACUGGAUAAAAAUUUAUCUAAACAUAUUGAAAUUGAUAGUAGCGAAAAGGAAAUUGAGCAAAAUAGAGAAAAUGUGGAAGAUCCUUCAAUAAAAGGUGAUUCUGAUUCUGCAAAAGAAAAAAAUUACGUUAGCAUAAAUGAUAAGAAAAUUAAAGAUGAAACUAAAGAUAGCCUUAAAACCUCUGAGGAAUUACAUGAUGAAAAUAAAACUAAGAAAGAUGAUGAAUCUAUAACGACAGUGUCUAAAAGCAAUAAAGAGGAUAAUGUUGAAAAAGAUCAUAUUAUUACCAAACACUUUGAAAUAAAUCCAAAACUUGAUGUAGAGAAAGAAGAUGAUAAAGAAUCGAACAGUCAAGAAAAUAUAGCCAAUCAAGAAGUUUCAAAUUCUUCUAAUACAAAAUCUGCCACAAAUACUGAGACUUCCAAACCAAAAGAGGAAGAAAUUAUUAAUGAAAACGUGUAUAAAAAUAUAGAGAAUUCUGAGGAAGUAAAAACUUCCACGAAUUUGAAAAGCAUAGAAUCUAUGUCUGAUAAAAUUAUAGAUGAGAACACAAAAAAAGAUAUUAUAACAUUUUUAAAUUCUGAAAAAUCAAAUGUAUUCAGCACGUCAAAAGAUGAAACUCAAUCUUCAAACACAGAAGAAUCUAUGAAUAAACAAUUAACUGAAUCUUUAAAAAAUGAGGAACAGCUAGGUAUAUUGGUCGAAAAUAGUGGGAAUAAUAAAAUAAAUUCUAAUAAUUCUGAUGGACACACUUCGGAAGAAAUAUCUGAUAUUUCAGUGGACAAAUCUAUAAAGGAUCAACAUGAACACUCAAAAACAAUGAUGGAAACAAAGAAAUUUAAUAAUGAAGAAACUGCAAAUGAUAAAUUAGACUCUUUAAUCAUUCAAGAUAAUAAAACUGAUGAAAAUAAAGAACAUUCAGAAAAAAAUAAAACAAUAUCGGAUGAUAACAUAGAAAAUAAACAAAAUAUGACACUUGAUCAACUUGAAAUAAAAAGUUUACAAGAGACCAUAAACGAGAAAAAAGACAACAAAAAUGAUGUUAAAAAAACUGCAAUAGAAAAAAAUACUGAUGACAAAAAAGAAGUUCUGCAUACUAAUAUCAAUGAUCAAAAGGAAGUUAAUGAAAAGAGUGCUAGCGAGUUGAACAUACCACUGUCCGUAACGCAUAAUAAAAAUGAGAAAACCCUACAAAAUAUUGAAAAGAUUAACAUUGAUCAAAACAAAGAGAAAAACGAUAAUGAUCAGAAAAAAGGUAUACCAGGGGAAGAAAACAUUGAUAAAUCUGCAGAAAGCGACUAUAGUUAUGGUCAAAAUCAAAGUCAUGAAAAACGUGAUAAUGAUUUGAACAUAACACCUUUCCUUGAGCAGAAUAAAAAUGAGGAACCUCAACAAAAUUUUGAAAAACUAGAACAAAAUAAAGAAAAAAUUGAUACUGAUCACAAAGAAGAGAUACCAGUAACAGUAAACAUUGAAACAUCUACAGAAAUCAGCAGUAUUAGUAAUACUCAACAAAAUUAUGAAAAACUUGAGCAAAAUAAAGAAAAAAUUGAUAAUGAUCAGAAAGAAGAGAUACCAGCAACAGUAAACACUGAAACAUCUACAGAAAUCAGCAAUAUUGGUAAUACUCAAUCACAAGAAAAUAAAAAAGAGAAGAAACGUAUAUCAUUCGAUACAAAUCCUGUUCAAAUAAUAGAUAGACCUGAAUCGGUUCAAUAUACUUUGAAAAAAAUUGAUGAUGAAAUAAAGAUUGGGGAAGAAGAUAAUUCUAUUAUUAAUGUCUUAGACAAGAAUAUCGAUCAUGUUGAACAAGAAAUUGAUCAACUUUUGAAUGCUGCCAAAAAGACGGUUGAGGAAUCGAAGGUCGAUAAUACUAAUAAAAAUAAUAAAAUUAAACGAUCCGUUUCUAUGUUUGAACCUAAUGAAACUGAUAACACUUUGAAAAAGCAACUUAGUUUUGAUGAUGUUACUCAUGGAUUUGCAAAAAUGGCCGACGAAAGCGUAAGUGAAAAUAUUAAGGAAGAAAUUCAACCAAUUGUAAAUUUAGAAAAAUCAAAUACCAGUUUAAAGGACGAUACCAAGAAUACCGAGAAAACUGAAAAUAUUGACGAUAUCAAAAAAUCUGAGGCAAAUAAUAAUAUUAUAGAUAAAACACAAAUAUUAGAUUUCAUUAGUAAUGAACGAGCUCAUGUUUUUAGACCGUGUGAUAAUGUAAUUUUAAAAGAGCACGAAAAUCUUAACGCAAAUAUUGAAGAUAAAGCACAAACUACGUCCAAUGAUAAAGUGGAAAGUGAUUUACUUAAGAAAGAAGAGAAGAAAAGUGGUAUGGGUGAGAAACUUAAAGAUGGCAUUUCACAAAUUCUGAACGUCUUUACAGGUGAAAAUGCUGAUACAACAUUAUCGGAAAACGAAUUAUUAAGAAAUUCCGAUUCUAAAUUUAAUAUAGAAGAUAUAUCUAAUCUUGAAAAUACUAAAUCAUCAGAAAUGAAAAAGUCGGAAGAAGACGGUGUCACAAGUGAUAUUGAAGAACAUAAGAUUGAAAAUGAAAUAUUACACAACGAUGAUCAAACUAGGAUGAAACGGUCUGCAUCAAUUAAUGAAUCUGAUCCCCACAAUAAUACAUUGCAAACAAAAAGUAAUUAUAAUAAAAUUCAAUUGAAAAAAGAGAUAGAGGACGCUUCACAAUUUGGAGAUGAAAAAUCAGAUAAAAGGCAAACCGGUAAUGGAGCUGAAGGUGAAGUUUUAGAUAACAAUAAGAAUAAUAAAAUAGAAGAACCUGAAUCCUAUGUUAAAUCUGAAUCUUCAGCAGAAAAUGCAUCAAUAACGAAAAGCUCCUAUGAUGCUAACCAACUAAAAAAGGAGAUUGAAAAUACAUCUCAAUUAGAAGAUAAAAUUCAAGAGCAUGACGAUGAAGAUAAAAAAAGUAUAGGCGGAGUGAUUAAAGAGGGAAUUUCAUCGGUUUUGAAUGUAUUUAAAAGUCACAAAGAGGACGACGACAAUUCUAAAUCAAAAGAAAUAGAAAUUAAUAAUAAAAGUGAAAAUAAAAUAUUGGAGAGUGACAAAAAUGAUAGAAUGUUAUCGUCCGCUAUUGAAUCUGCUCCGUUAAGUAAUACAAGCAGUUAUGAUUCUAAUCAAUUAAAAAAUGAAAUUGAAAAUGAAUUGCCAUCUGAAGUCGAAAAAAAUCAAGAGAAUAAAAAUGAAGAUAAAAAGGACAUAAGCGAUGUAAUUAAAGAUGGAAUUUCAUCAAUACUUAACAUAUUUAAAAGUGAUGAUGAUAAAUCUGAAGAAAAACUAAAUAUUAAUCAGUUAAAAAAUGAAAAAAAUGAUAAAAUGGAAAAAUCUACAACCUUCAUUCAUUCUGCUCCGCUAGACCAUACUUUACAACUAAAAAAUAGUUAUGAUGCUAAUAAAUUAAAAAAAGAGAUUGAAAGUACUUCAGAAUCUGACCUUGAAACAAAUCAAAAGGAUAAUAACAAAGACAAGAAAGUUGUGGACGAAAUAAUCACGGAUAGAAUUUCAUCAGUUCUUCUCAACUCUAAAUCAGAAGAGAAACAAAAUAAUGACGAAGCUGAAAUUUCUUCAAUUGAUAAUAUAACAGAUGUCAAUCAAUUGAAAAAAGAAAUUGAAAAUGCAUCAAGAGAGCAAGAUGAUGAAAGUCAAAAAAGUAUAGGUACUGCAAUUAUAGAUGGAGUUUCGUCAGUAUUUAAUGUAUUAAAAAGCGAGAAAGAUAGCAAUGAUAAUUCUAAAGCAGGCAAGCAAAAUGUUAAUCAAUUGUUAGAAGAUGAUGAAAAUGAUAAAAUAAGAAAAUCUAUAUCAUUUAUUGAUUCUUCUUCGCCAGAUACUUCAAAACCUGAUCUUGAAAAAAAUCAAGAAGAGAAACAUCACAAAAAUGAAACUGAAAAUGAUAUAUUACGUAAUGAUGAAAGUAAUAUAUCUGAUAUUGAAAAAAAUCAAGAUAACAACAAAAACAAAAAAAGUUUAAGCGAAUCAAUCACAGAUGAAAUUUCAUUUAAAAGUGGCAUCGAUGGCGAUAAUGACUCUAAAAUAGAAGAAAAACAACGUAACAAUAAAAAGAUAGAUGCUGGAAAAUUCCAAGGGGCUGGCAAUAAAGACAAUAAACAUUCGGAGGAAUCUAAAACUUACAAAGAUAAUGAUGAUAAAGAUGUAGUUGGUGUUAUUAACAAUGAUAUGGAACCUAAUUCUACUGGAGACAAAAAUAACAGUGAAGAUAAUAAAAAAACCGAUAAAGUGAAAGAGAAAGAAAGUAUUACAAAAGACAAUGAAAAACUGGAUAACACUCAUGAUAUAAGUAACACCAGUGAGGGCGAAUUAAAAAGUGAGCAUGAAAAAGAAAAAUCAGUUAAUAUUAAUGAAGAUAACAAAAAACAAGAUGAGACUGAUAUUCAUGAAAUAAGUAGAAAGAAAGAAUCAACAUAUAAGAAUGAACAGAAAGAUAAAGAAAGCAAUGUGACUAAUGAUGAAAAGCUAGUGGAUGAUGUUAAAAGAAAUGAACAACAAGAAAAAAUAGCUGACACUGGUACUGAAAAAUUAAAUAGGUCCAAACGAUCUCUAACAGAAAGUGAAUGUGAUGAACAGAAUAAUGAAUUAAGACCACAGAAUAGUUUUGACAGAAGUCGAUUGAGCAAUGAAAUUCAUAACGCUUCAAAUUUAAAAGACGAUGCAUUUAAAUCUGAAAAGGAAGACUCAUCAUCACGAGUUAUAACUGAAGACAAAGAGAAAGAAAAUGUUGAUUCUGCUAAAGAGAACAUUAUAUCUAAGGAUGAAUUAAAAGAAAAGAGCAAUGCUGACAUCAUCUCACAGAAUAUCGAAGGUGGUGAUGAAAUUAAGCAUGAAAUUAUAAAUGAACAUGAUGCUCAAGAAAAACAUAAUGUGACAGACAUUAAGAAAAUGGAAGAAGAAAAUGAUAACUUACUAGGAGACAAUGAAGAAAGUAGAGAUAAAGAAAAAGCUUUUCCUGAAACAACUGAAGAAGCAAAACCCGCGUUUCUUUCAGAAGAACCUAUGAAAGAACAAAAUAUUUCAAAUGAAAUUAAGAGCAGUGAUGAAAAAAUAGAUGACAAAAAUAAUGAUUUAUCUGAGAUCGGAUUUAAUGCUGAUAAAUUAAGAAAAGAAAUACAAGAUGCGAGUAAUCAGUUGAAUGAUGAUAAAAAUAAUGAUUUAACAAACAAAACUGAAUUUAAUAUUAAUCACUUAAGAAAAGAAGUACAAGAUGCGUCUAUAUCUGAAAAAGAAAUAGCUCAAAAAGGACAUAAUUUAGAAGAACCGAUUAAAGACAAAAGUAUCCCUUAUGUAUCAACAGAAAAUAUAGAAAAUAAAUCUGAGAAUGGCGAAGUAAAUGAGAAACCUGUUUCUGAAAACAUUACAGAAUCUACAAAGGAAAAAUUGAAAGAUGAAACACAUGUAAUUGACGCACAUAAAGAAAACAUUGCUGCUCGUAAUAAGAGUAUAUUUGACUUUAUUGAGGCUGAACAAAAUAACGUAUUUUCAGUUUGUGAUAAUCAAGCUAAAUCAAACAAAUCAGUGAAUAACGAAAAAAGUUCUGAAGUGCGUGAUUCGGAAAAUAUUAUUAAAGUAAACGAAAAUAAUAAAAUGACGGCGACAUCAAAUGAUCAGACAGAAAAGAAAUUUAAUAAGGAAGAUUUACAUUCAUCGGAUAUAAAAAUUGGUAGUACAGGCGAUAAAGGUAACAAAGAAAAUACUAAAAUGUUAUCUACUAAAGAAAAACAAGCAACUUUUGUAGGUAAAUCUAAAUUUUCUGAUUCUGCAAAGUCAGAAAAUAACAAGAUGAAAAAUAAAAUAAAAACUAAAUCAAUGUCUCAAGACAACUUACAAAUUGAAAACAACAAAAAGUCUAAUGAUAAUAAGAUAUUAAAAAGAAAUAAAUCAGUAGACAUACUAAAAAAAGAUUCAAAACCAGAACCAAAAAGUCGAAUACCAACAGCAGAUAGAAGAACACGAUCAACAAGGAACAAUAGUAAGGAUACUACGUCUCCACGACUGAAAAUGGGGAUUAUUGAUAUAAAUAAAAGUGUAGAUUUUAACAAUGUGGAAAAACCAUCAACAAAAGAAUAUGUUUCUCCAAGAAAUAAACGAAAUUCGAGUGCAAAGCGAAGCGGCAGAGACACAAAAUCAAGUUUAGGUAAAGUCUUGGCAACUUCCCAUUCUUUAGAUAUAUCGAAUUACCAAACACCUAGGUCUUCGAAAGAAGAAAUACAGACUGGAAGUGUAAGCAGUUGCGAUGGUGAUGAAUCAAAACAAAUCUUAACUGAUGAAACUCCUAGGCACGUAGUAGAUAAUGAUAUGUCUGAUGAAUUAAAUAAAGAUGUACAAAAAACAAAUGUUGAAAACUUAAAACAUGAAGUGGAAUCUAGUGACGAAACAGAUCGUCAUCUUGAUGUUCAAAAUAAUAGUAAAUCACAACAAUUGGAAAAAGUCGUUAAAGGAGAUAUAUUGUUGAAUGUGGAAAAGAAAUUGGAGGAGCCCAUAUUACCAGAAUUGAAUACAGACAUCUCAGAAACUAAAAAUAUUAUUCCAGAAAGUGAAUCAGACAAAUCUCUUAAAAAUCAUACGAUUAGUUUUGAUGUUUCUAAAUUAAGAAAUGAAAUUGAAACAGUAAUAUUAGAUUCAAAAAAUGAAAACGACCUUGAUUAUAAAACUAAAGGAAAAGAUGAUAAAAAUGAUGAAGUUCUUCUGAAAACGGAAUUGAAAAAUAACGAUGAACAAGAUGUCGAAAAGAUGUCCGAAAAAAGUUGUGAAAAAAAAGAUGUCGCUUCCAAUUUUGAAAGCAAUAAGGUGACACAAUAUGAACAAGAGAAAAGGGAUAAUAAUAUAAUCGCAAAUGAAGACAAGUUAAAUAAGAAAACUUCUGAAAAAUUAAAGGAUGAAGAGAAAAUUGAAUCUUAUUCUCAUGAAAAUAUUAAUAAAAAAGAAAAGGAUAGUAACUUAGAAAAACUAGAUAUAACAAUGUUGCAAACAUCUAGUACCCAGAAUAAUAUUUCACAAGAGGUUGAUCGCAAAGUGGAGCUAGAAGAACAAAAAACGGAAGAUAACCUACUAGCUACUAAUUUUAAUGCAAAACUAGAAAAUGAAGCAGUAGCAGCAACUUUAGAUAAAAAUGAAGAAUUAGGUGAGAAAAAGAGCGUACUCGCUGAGACUCAAGAAAAUGAAGCUGUAUAUAAUCAACAGGAUGGAGAAGCUUUGACAUUAAAGAAAGAUAAAGUAAAUGAAGAUAUAGAUCAAAAUAAAUUACAAAAUUUUGAGUUAACAAAUGAAGUACAAAAGGAUGUUUUAGAUGUAACAAAUAGAUAUGACUCGCUAAAUAAGCAAAAUGAAUCAAUAGAUUCUCAAAAUAAUGCUAAUAACACGACUAAAGAUGAAAAUAAUGUGAAUGAAAAUAAAACGAAAUCUGAUGAACUACAAGGAAUUUCCCAUCAAAUAAACAGUUUUGAUAUUGGUAAACUAAGAGAGGAAAUAGAGAAAGUAAAUUCAGAUGACGAUGGUAAAAAUGACAAUAUACAAGAAAAAGCAGAUACUGAGGAUUCGGACAAAGAUAAAGAACUAAAUAUUAGACAAGAACAAGAAUCUAAUAAUAAGGAUUCAAUUUCCCAGGAGCUUGAUUCACUUAAUUCCGAUGUAGAAAUUAAACAGAUCCUUGAUGAAGUUACAGAUAUAACAGAUAAAUUAAAGGAAAAUCUUGUGAUAGGAACAAUACCUGAAGAUAAUACGGUAGCUUCAGAUACUUCAGAAAAAUAUAAAGAAAAUGAUGAAAUCAAACAGAUAUUAGAAGAAGUUGAGAAUAUUACUGAUAAAUUAAAAGAAAACUUGGUACAAAGUCCUGAUAAAAAUCAAGAAAAAGAUACGAGUAAUGAAAACACGUCCGGUUCAGUUGAGUCUGGUGCUGAAACUAAAUAUGUCUUUGAUAAAGUAUCAGAUGUUCUAAAAGAUGUUGAAAAAGUAUCAGAAAACCCUGAUUCUAAAAUAGCUAAAACUGAACAGACUGAAAAGGAUGCGAAAGAAAUUAAGUAUAAACCUGAAAAUGAAAUAUCGAAUGAAGAAAAUGAUAAGUUACUUAGGGCUGCUACAUUAAUACAGAAAAUAUGGAAAGGUUUUCAUAUACGAAAGUUGAAAUCUGAAAAAAAAUUAUUUGGUUCUGAUGUAACCAAAACGAAUACUAAAAGUGAUGAACAAUUAAGGUCGCCAUUAGUUCGUAAAAGGAAGACCGAUGAUGCUGCUUUAAAAAUUCAGGCUCUCUGGAGAGGAUACAAAGUCAGAAGAAAUGUUUUACAUAUGCGAAAGAAGUUAAACGUGGAGAAUAAGGAUGCAAUAAUGACAGAUGGAGAUAUUUUGAAAGCAGCUACCAAAAUUCAAGCUAACGUACGAGGUUAUUUACAAAGAAAACGAUACAAUGCUAAGCAAAAUAACUUAGUUAGCAUCGAUGAAGAAUCACAGGAUAAACAGCAUGUACAACUAACUGAUGACCAGGUGAUGGAGGCCCUUAAACAUUUGGAUAAAAUAGAGGUACCGAAAGAAGAAAUAUCUCAAAUCAACGCGUGGAAACCAAGAAUUGCAAGGAGUGUAACAGUGGAUGAACCAGAACAUAUUAAGAAAACAGUUCAUCAUUUAAUGAGGGCUCAUUCGGAAGAUCCAGCUAAUGCAGAUGAUAAUAAUAACGUUGAAGUAAAGCCCACUGCUUUAGAGAAUGAAGUGAUGCAAUCAGUAAAUGAUGUAUCUAAGUCUCUGAAAAAUAUUGAUACAGAUAAAUUAAAGUUAAAAAUUGAUAAAAAUGGUGAAUUAUAUGAAAAUGCACCAACUCGUCCUCUUACUUCAGAUGUUGAUAUACCAAAUCCAAUGGAGACACGCGAUAAUGAACACGAAAUGAAAGAUGUAAAACAAUUAAAUGAAAAAAAUAAGCAGAUAAGCUCAAAUACUUCGGAAGUUGGUGAUGAAAGACCUGUUAGUAUAGAUUCUUCAGAUUCCGCAGACACUGUAAUAUUUAAUGAAAACUAUAAAGCACAAAACAAAAGUGAAGAAAAGAGUGAAAGCAAUGAUCCUAUUAAAGAGUAUAUUGAUUCAAUAAAUAUCGGCGGUAAUGGUGUAAAACCUGAGAAGGUAAACUUAUUUGAUAUUGCCCAGUUGAGGAAGGAACUAGAGGAGGCAGGACUGACACAUCAUAAGCAAACCUUAACAUCUUUUGAUGAUACUGAUGGCAAAGAAAUUGAAGAAAACGUGCUUUCUAAAACAGAUGAUGCUGCUGAUAACAAAGAAAUUAAAGGAAAGGAGAAAAAAGCUGUGUCUACAUCUAAUAGUGAUGCUACUUUGGAUAAACAUAUUGAAAAGGAAAAAGAAUGUGCUGGCACAUCUGUAGAUCGUUUAAAUAAACAUUCUACCGAAAAUUUCAUAAAAGAACUGAUGGACGAAGACUCCAGUUCUAGAACAGAUCUGACAAGUUUGCCACCCAUUUUGGAAGAGCAAGACUCUGCGGAGGAAAAAUCGACAAAGGGAGUGCAAGUUAACUCGUCCAAUGAAAUACGACUGUUACACACCGGGGAGUUUCACGAUACAGUAGUGAUACCACUUUCCGUGAGCCCUCAUACGGAAGAAGCAAAACACGGAGAAAGUAAUGUGGAAGUUGGGGAAAUACACGUAGACAGUGCCAGUCAAACGACACCACCACAAACUCAGGAUGGUAGUCGGGUUGUUGAUGUACCCAGUUCAGCUCCAGCAGGUGAUGCGCUCAUGACGUCGCGGCGCCCCAUCAACUUUUCCGCGUCGGACACGGACGCGCAUCCAACGCUCAGACCGCGACCGAUUGCGACGGAGUGCGUAUCUGGUGGUGCAGGAGGCCGAACUCUCGACACAGGCGACCGGGUUAUGGACAGUGGCCAAACCGAACAAAAGGACAACAGUAAGACCAUGGAGGCGCAGGCGGCGACCAAGAUCCAGGCCGGAUUCAGGGGCUACCAGGUCCGAAAACAACUCAAACUCAAGAAUGGUUCUUCAGACAUCAACAACCAGCGGAGAGUGAUCAGACGCAAAAGUUCUGGUCGUAAUGAGGCGAGCAAGGUGGCGUCCCAGGCUAAGCCUAAGGACUCGGCCUCUGAGCUGGAAGAAAAGUCCGCAGUUAAAAUUCAGGCCGGCGUACGUGGAUUUCUAGUGAGAAGACGACAGAAGAAACAGCAGAACAAUUGAAAAAUUGUGGUUGUUGGAUGUUUUGGUCAAUUCGAAAUUAAAGACGGUUUUAGAUUUAAUGUGUAAUUGAUUUAAAAGCGAUAUUCUAAUAUAUGUAGAAUAGUUCGGAUAUUUGUUUUGUAUAUAUGUAUCAAGCACCAAUAUUUUUGAGUAUUAUGUAUAACUUUCCAUUUAUAUUUAAGCACUGUUCGUAGUAUCAACUUUCUAAAGUUUAUGCAUAUCAAAUGUUAGGAUGAUACCAUUAAUUAUUAUUUAUAGGUUUAUAAAUUAAUAUUCUAAAUUUGUGUCGAAUACUUUUCAUAUUUAGAAUAAAGUAUAUAAUUAUUGUCUCA